AAUAAAUUGUUAUAAAAUUAUAGUAAUAGGAUAAUAAACGAAGUAGUAUAGUAUUUAUCAAAAGAUUUUCGAGAAAGCGAUGCUAAUUAGAUAAAAAGUUGGAUAAAAAGUAGGAAAUUUUGAUGUAAUAAAUAAAAAAAGGGGAAUGAUAAAAGAGUAUUAUUUAAUCAUUAAAUAAUGUUUGUUAUAAAAUAAUGAGUUAUAAAAAACCAGAAAUACCAUGCAUUAUGUCAUAUUCUGGAAAAAUUAUGUACCCGUUUUACGCUAUAAUUAAUAGCCUGGUUUCAUUAUAACGUUAUGUAGAAACCCGAAGAAAGAAAAGAAGGGUUUAAAGCGAGUGGGUCGAGACUUUCUUUUUCUUUUUCGAUCAUUCUUUCUCGUUCUUUCUCAAUAAUAUAUACUUUAAAAAUAUUACUUUUCAUGAUCGAUAUUUACUUUCUUUAAACUUAAAUUUUUAUUACUCAUUUGUUUCUUUACAUUUUUAAAAAACAAUUCAAAUCUCUUAAUGUAAAUCUAUGUUAAAUUUUGUAAAAAAUAAAUUAAGAAAAUUUUUAAUAACAUUUUCUGGCCAAUCUAGAAGAACAACAUUCCAUAACUAUAUAUAAUGGGUGCAGCUUAAAAUAAAAUUAAAAUAUCAAGUUAAAUUGCAGUCGUGCCUACACUCUAGGAUUGGGUAGAUAAAGUGUUAGGAAAACGAAAUGCAAGAAUAAAAUCGACACGACGGUAUUUAGGCGAGCCUUAUAAACUCUUCAAGAGGGGAUGAAAGGUUCAUAAAGGCUUCGAAUUUGUUGGAUAACCAGUGGUGCUUCGAUUUUGUUAACUUCAACUGUGAAAUCGUGUACGAUGUCUUCCGUAAAGGAUGAUGCGAUAGUUGUAAAUUCACAACUGAGGCACUCUGUAUCCACUCUUUGGUUCUUCCUCACCUUUGAAUUCUUAAUUAGCACCUUUCUAAGUAUUUUCCUGGCAAUUCUCACAUUCAUAAAAUCUUUAUUGCCGAAACCACCCAGGGAUUUAACAGGAGACAUAAUUUUGAUUGCCGGCGUUUCUUCCUCAUUAGGCGAGUCGUUGGCGAGUGAAUUUUUAAAAAACGGAUGCUCCGUGAUUUGCGUGGACAAAGAUUCGAAAACGAUCGAGGAAACGGUAUCCAGAUUGAAGCAACGACAUUUGAUCGUCGAGCCGAGGCAGAGGAGGAACGAUGCAUCGCCGCGAUGCGGGUCGAUGAUAUUCACUUACGAGUGUGAUUUCUUGGAUAAAGAUGCGAUUAGAGGGACGGUUCAAAAAGUGAAAAAAGAUAUCGGAAGAAUCGACGUUCUUAUUACUUGUAUCAACGAAUCGAACGAGAAUAUCUUCGACGUGAGCAGCAGAACUUUAAUGGCCCAUUUCUGGACAGUUUUGACGUUUCUUCCAAUGAUGUUGUAUCAAAAACGAGGCCAUAUAAUUGGUGUUACUCCAAUCGCAUUGAACAGCGACGCUUAUCAUAGCUCCAGAGCGGCUAUAAUGUAUUUCAUAGAAAGUAUGCGUCAAGAAUUGAGCGAGCACAGCAGCUAUCUAACAUUUUUGGCAUAUUCUCCGAUUGCAAAAUCCAGCUCAUUGAAGCAAAAUGAAGAAGAAGUAAGCAAGAAUAUAGUAAGAGCAGUGAAGACUGAUCAAUAUAAUGUGGGCUGGACGUUCAAACUACUGUAUCAAAUAGGUUGCAUAAUCUACAAUGGAAUAACGUUGCUCACAAAUUGGAUCGACUUUAACAGAUGCGAUUAUCCCACGUGAAAAACGAGUUUUUCCUUAUCCUUCUCUGGUAGAAUCAAAGAUGAACAGAAGAUGGUCUAUGAACGACGAUAUAAUACACAGCCUAAAAAAAAUUCACUUAAAAAUUUGUUUCACUUCGAUGAAAAAGUAGCUGAAGUAUGCAUUCCGUGCGAAACAAAAUUUUAUUCCAACUGUUCAUAUGUUCUUAUUUUAAAUAUAAUUUAAAAGUCGACACAA